AUGGAGCCAUCAUCGAAUUUACCUCCGUGUGCAGCAUGCAAAUUCUUCCGACGGAAAUGUAGAGAUUGUAUAUUUGCACCAUAUUUUCCGUCUGACAAUUCUUUAAAGUUUGAGAAUGUUCAUAGUGUAUAUGGAGCGAGUAAUGUUUCAAAAUUUCUCAAGGGGUUGAAUCCAUGCCAACGGGAGCGUGCGGCGAAUACCUUGGCUUACGAAGCGGAGCAACGUUUGCGGGAUCCCAUGCUUGGCGUGGUAGGUUUAGUCUAUCAACAUGAGAUGGAACAGGCUCAGAAGAUAGAACACCUUCAGGCGCUAAGGAUGGAAUUAGCUACCUAUAUUGGCCCUAGAGCCAUGUGGCCCAUGGGAACCAACCAAUCUCCAUCUCAGCCUUCUCAGGCCUCUUCCUCUUCUUCAAACAUGAAUCAGAUGAUCCACAUUCCAAAUUCAGUUAAUCAACAAUUAGCCAUUCAAGAGCCCUACUCCCAACAUCAACAUCAACAUCAACAUCAACAUCAACAUCAACAUCAACCGUCUGCAGUUGGAUUCAACCUUAAUCCAUCUCCAUCUCAACAUCAACAUCAUCACCAUCAUCAUCUACAACAAAUACAACUACAAUUGCACGAACAUCAUUCAUCUCCAUCUCAGGCUUUGAGUCCAUUUGAGGGUGAUCAUCAACAUCCUAAUUCUAAGCAACAACAAUAG